CGUGUCCCGUCUCCCCGCGCAGAGAGCAGCCUGCCUGGGCUGGCUGGCUGGCGUCGCCCGGGAGGCAGCUGCCAGGGGCUGGCUCCCGCCCAAGCGAGCUGAAGCGAGGGGCCAGCUCGCUCCCCUCGCCACCCACAGGUAUGGGAAUUGUUCUCCUCAGCUAUCCAGAAGGACUAUCAAAAUAAAGAUGAGCCAUCAAGGAACAUCGCAAUACAAAGGAUUGGUUAAUGGCCCUAUCACACCUGGGAAAAGCUACGUGCAAUGAAGCUCAUCCUAUGGACUUGAAAACUGAAUGAAGGAAAUUUGUCCAUCUCUCUUUGCUGUUUGAACUCUGGGAGGGCCAGAGACUGAGGCAGAUAUCCCCAGACACUUUAAAUUGACAGAUCUCUACAACUCUGUCACUCUAGUGAUUUAGAUGUAAAACGUAAUGGCUGCAGCUGUGUUUACCUGUAGCGUAAUCCUAGUGUUUCUGUCUUCAGUGAAGGCAGAGGAAUGCGUGGUACAUGAUGUGCUGCAUAGUCAAAAUUUGGUAUCUGUACUGGUAAGAGAACCGCUUAUUAUUGAUUGUUUAUUAGAUAAAACACUGGCUCUUCAGCACAUGAAUUACAACUUCACUUGGUAUAAAAGUGGGAGAAAAAUGCCUGUAACUCAAGUGAAACUUUCCAGAAUACAUCAGCACGAGAACUUGCUUUGGUUUAUGCCUGCAAUUUUAGAAGACUCAGGAUCCUAUGAAUGUGUCAUGUGGAAUUUAACAAGCUGCAACAAAAUAUAUUUCAGUGUGACAGUUUUCAAAAAUACUGCUGGUUUGUGUUUUAAUGGAGAUUUUCUCUAUGCUCAAGAGAUAUCCGCAUCAUCAAAUGAAAAGAUUGUGUGUCCUCAUCUAGACUAUUUCAGAGAUGAGAAAAAUACUUUACCCAUUCACUGGUAUAAGGAAUGUAAUCUGAUUGACAAUGAAAGAUUUCUAAGUUGGGAUGAUGAUCUCAUAAUAAAUAGUGCAAAUGUAAAUGAUUCAGGAAAUUACUCAUGCAAAAUGACAUAUAAUUAUAUGGAAAAAGAAUAUAACAUUUCACGAAACAUUUAUGUAACUGUUAUAGAAACCCCACUGAAGAAGAAAACUGAAAUUCUUUAUCCAAGAAACAACACAAUUGAAGUGGAACUUGGGUCCAGUGUUAUCGUGGACUGCAAUGUAUCAAGUUCUAAAGAUAAUUCAAUUGGAAUAUCCUGGAGAGUCAAUAAUACUUUAGUCAAUUUUUUGUUUAUGGGGAGAGUCCAAGAGGGAAAUCAAGAAGAUUCUUUCCCAGAUGGGUACUUAUUCUCUACAGUGACGCUCAACAUCACAGAAGUGAAGCAAGAGGAUUAUGGAUGUCAGUUUGUGUGUCAUGCUGGUGAAGUUGCAGCCUACAUUGCAUUAAGACAGCCAGUUCGAAAUUUUCAAGGAUACUUGAUUGGAGGACUCAUUGCACCAGUGUUUGUAAUAAUUGUUGCCAUAUUAAUCUACAAGUAUUUCAAGGUUGACAUUGUGCUCUGGUAUCGAAAAUCCUGUCAUCCCUUUCUGAGUAAAGAAGUUUCAGAUGGGAAGAUCUAUGAUGCUUAUGUAUUGUAUCCAAAAAUCAACAAAGUAGAUUGCAUCUACACACCAGAUAACUUUGUGCUAAAGCUGCUUCCUCAGGUUUUAGAGAGACAGUGUGGAUAUAAUCUGUUUAUACUUGGAAGAGAUGAUUUACCAGGAAAAGCUGUGGUCAAUGUUGUUGAUGAAACCAUUAAACAAAGCAGAAGGCUUAUAAUUGUAUUAGUACCAGAAUCAUCAAGUUGCAGUUUAUUAGAGGAUAUCUUUGAACAGCAACUGGCUGUGUACAAUGCUCUUGUCCGGGAUGGAAUUAAAGUUAUUCUGAUUGAGCUAGAUAAAAUAAAGGACUAUACGAACAUGCCAGAAUCAAUUAAAUACAUUAAGCAAAAGCAUGGGGCCAUCAGAUGGAAAGGAGACUUCACAGAGAAAUCUCAUUCAGCAAAUACAAAAUUUUGGAAAAAUGUCAGAUACCGAAUGCCACCCAGACGUCCAGUUUUUUCAGAACUACACUUGCUGCCAACAGCCUUGAACACCUUUCAAACCACAGAAAGAUGAGGCAUGUGUCACUUUAAUGGCCCUGGGCAGCUCCAUUUUGAAUGCUGUUUUGAUGGAUUUUGUUAGAAUGCUGAUUGUGUACAUGGUAAAUGGAUGAUUUCACUUAAAACCUUUUAGGACUGCAUUCACAGGUUAAAGAAAGCUAAUUCUCAUUCCUCUGCGCAGAGCUAGCCAGCAGGAUACACAGAAGUAUUCCUUCAAUGUUAUAUUAAUGACAAUAUUAGAAUAACGACAGCAGAAAAGCAGCACUGAACACAGCAGAAACCUCUGGGGAAAAAAUAAGCUUUUGAAAGGACACUUAAGACUCUUUUUGAACGUGUGCUUCUAGAAAAAAAAUGUAUUAAAGCAGAAUAUUCCGAUAUCUUUUAUGUUAUGUUAUGUUAACUGGGUCCAGAUUUAUAUUGAGUUUUGUUAGUGAUAUUAUAUGUCUUUAGCCUGUGAUACAACUGCAGUAGUUAGCGCAGUUCAUUAAUCUGUUCUUUAUCACUAACUUAUUCAGUCCACCCAAGUUAGACCCUCUUCACCCCGCCACCAAGCAUGGUCAGACAUUGCCAUGCAUAUCCUGCAAAAGUUCAUCUUACUCUGAAUUGUAGAUCUUCAACUCCCAACAAAUACCUUUUUAGAUGAAUAUGAACAGUUUGAAAGAUGGAGGCAGUUCAGCUGAAAGAUGCCACAGUGAUUAGUUUUUAAGCAUAAUAUUACUGAACAUACUUGAAAUGAUCUGGAAGAGGGGCAAAGGAUUAAACAGAUGUAAAAUGUUAAAUUACUUCACUGAUAAUACUAAUUUGGAGUAUGAGGCAAGCACCAAGGAGAACAAAGUAAACAUAUGAAGGCCGGAAAUCCAUGCAUAAAAUGAUACAAUCUAAUCCAAAGAGAUUCACUAGAAGCAUUACAAAAUGUCCCAUACUGAACAGUCAGUGACCUGGCAGAAAGGCAGACUAGGUGAUCUCCCAUCUCCUAACGUCUAAGAAUUGAUGAGAAAUGAUAGCAGUGUGUUUAAUAUUGGUCAGGUAUAAGUAUUAAGUUAAUGGGGCAAGUGUGGGUUUUUUUUGGUUUGAUUUUUAAAAAAAAUAUGUGCAAUAGUUGCAGCUGAUUUUUAAUAAAUUUCCAGUACUGUUUUGA